AUGAAUUGGACUGGUGGCAGGCUACAGCGACACUCGAAGCAAGGCAGCAGCGCUCUUAACCGUCAGAAGCAGCACUUCGCAAAGGUCCGCACCGCGCUUCAGAAUGGCUCCCUCCAGCACUACCCUCCAUUCAAACCAAGUUUUCUCCGCGACGAUGAUGGGGUGCUGGGCGGACACCUUCCGCCGUUUGGUGAUCGUUCUACACGACACGUCGGGCAUCCAAAGUCGAGGCAAAAGACGCUCGAAGAGUAUGACUCCGUCGCUCCGGUAGCCAAAAGACUCAGUUCAUUGGGUUCGCUCUCGCAUCACUGGGGCAGCCGGCUAAAGCAGGAAAAAGUUACUUCUCCGCGUCAUGGAGUUCAUGCGGACUCGCCAAACUCCGCACGGAGGCCGACCAGUCGAGACGUGCAAAACUGGAAGAAGCAGUUCAAACGGACAAAAACCUCGCCGCGGAAGGUCUUGAGCCGGACGAGGAGCAACCGAAGUCUGUCUAAGGAUCAACUCUCCUCGGAGCCGCUCCUGGAGGCAAAGAAACGAAAGCUCUUAGAGCACGAUGAUUGGGUUGGGCUUGCACUGUCUCGGCCAGUCCACACGCAGUUCGUGUCAACUAGAGAAAAAGAGAGGAUUGGCAAGAGGCGCAAGAUCGAGAGCAGUAUGAGGGAGCGCCUAGGCGGUGAAGCACGCCGAGCCCUUACGCUAAUAGGGGGCAAUAACCGCAACGUUCGAGGGCCGUUCAUGAGUGGAGCACUUCCCCACAAGGACGAUAUUAGUAUACGUAUUGGAACGGACGCGUUGGUUAGCCGGCAUUCGACGCAGCUGGGUGCAGAGCAAGGCGUCUCUGUACGCCUUACUGCGCAGUCAUCAGAUUCCAUGUUGUUGGAUGACGAUACUGUGGCACGCGAUGCUGCAUGCGACUGGCAGCUUUCGCUCCUUGGAGUCGACGAUAGAGAGUCCGAUGGCGGACACCAGCGAUUGCCUGGUUCUACUAGUCCCUCCAUUGAAGAAGCCACACCCUCUCCCAUCAAACAUCGCUCUUCUCCGCAGCGGAACACUCAUAGCAUGCUGAGGCUUUGGGAUCCCGAGAUAUUCAAACCCGAUCAUCCAGAAUUUAGUCUCCAGGAGCAGGCCAUGCCAGAUACAGUACCUGGACCUGGACCGAACGCGGAUGCUUUAGGAGGUAGCCCCCCACAACGUUUGGUCGAAUACGUUAGCUUGGGAGACUUCGGCAUUCAACAAGCGGCCGCCGCUACCGCGCCUUUUCGCCUUGUUUUUGAGCCAUCUUCACAGAGCCGUUAUCAGGACUCUGAGUUGCACGAACAAGCUGCACACUCACUCGACCGAGACCAUUACCAGAGCCACCAAGACCAGCCCGAGGAUACAAGAAUCGUGGAAGAAGGGUUUGGGCAUUUUGUCGGUGAUGAGCCAUGGAAAGCAUUCUUACCGCUCUCUGCUGCUGCCUCGAGCCGGAUUAUGCAUACAGAUACCUCUUAUUACAGCACUAGGCAUAACCGUGACAUCGAAGAAGCCGGUCCAUACGGGGCCACAGAUAUUGAUGAUCGCCUGAGAUCGCUUCGUGCCACUCUGGGGUCGUCGGACGAGUCGAGUACGGCGCCUGUCCAGGCAAUAUCAACUGUUGCUCACGUGUCCGCACAUUCUACAAACACUCAGAAGUCGAGGACUGAAACGCAGCAAUCUACUUCCGCUUCUCUGCGACAGAUAACGGACCUCACGCGGAAGCAGGCUAGAGAACCGUCGGCGCCAGACAAUGGCGACGAUGCAUGGAGGAAAUUUGUUUUCGGAGACGUCAGCAGCUCCCGGCCCGGCAGUGCCCUGGCGAGCUCAGUUGGAGAUAUUGAACCUGCGCCCUGCAAGAAGGCUCGAGUUAGCUCCAGUCAGUGGUCUCUCGCUGCCGAAGAGCGCACGAGUUCUGACCGCCAAACCCGCGUUCCUCAGAUAAUGGCCGAGGAACCUCGCCGGUCAUCUCAAGGCUCGGUCUUGUCCGGUCAAAGCGAAGGGCACGGAUCGGCGGCUGGUGAAGAGUAUCCUACAGCAUCCAUGUACAAUAACGCAGCGCUGAGCGAAGGCUCUUCAGUUGCAAAUUCGAGCCCCAGAUGCCGUAAGCAGGUGAAGUCUACUGCGGCGACAUACCAGACAUCAACGCAAGAUGAGCACUCGUCACCGGACCCCCUAUCUAUAAGCAACAUUCAUGCUGCCAUAGAAUCGGUUCGAACCGGCCGAGCAAGACCGAAGAAGAUUGUUUUCACAAAGCCUGCUGCGUUCAUAGGCAAUGAUUCAGAGAGUCAUACAGUGCGCAUUGGCUCGAAAAAGCUGACAGGAAGGCGGACGAAAGUGAGGCGAAGACAGGCGCCGGAUUCGAUCUACGAUAUCCCAUUGAGCAAUGAGAUUGAUGACGAGGUUGACAUGAUUGAGGAUUGA